AUUCUUAGUUGAGUUUCUGACUUUAGACUUCAAGCCCUAGAGAAGUGGAGAGAGAGGGUCCAUGAUGAGAUUCGGGAAAGAGUUUGUGUCCAAGAUGAUCCCAGAAUGGCAAGAAACGUACAUUGAUUACGCUUACCUCAAAACCAUUCUUCAAGACAUCCAAACUUCCCGCAAUGUUUCAGUUUCCAACAACCAGAUGAAAACUUCCUUCGCACGCAACCUUACCAGACGCUACAACUGCGACGCCUCGGUCUCUGAAAGCCACGACAUUGUGGUCAACACUGUGACUCAUGCCGCCAAUGAGUCCCGGAUGAUUUACCAGACGGCGUUUUCAAAGGCGGGAGAACUAAGUGGAGACACUGAGGUUGUCUUCUUUAGAACCCUAGAUCAAGAAUUCAACAAAGUGAAUAGGUUUUACAGGUCGGAAGUGGAGAAAGCGAGGGACGAAGCUCUAGCUCUGAAUAAACAGAUGGAUGCUUUGGUUGCUUUCAGACUCAGAGUUAUGGAGAAGAAACAUUCUCUCUCUGACUCAGUCUUUGUAGACAUCAAUGCCUUCACUUCUGAGAUUGGAUCAUCUUCCAAGUCUAAAGAACACACGAAUCAGAGCGUUCUUGAGCGCAUCAGGAUGAACAAAACACGUGAAACUCCACUGUCAACCAUUAAAACCAUCCUCAAGGUUCAUAAGCAUGAGGAAGAGCUCAGAUUUACAAGAGAGAAUCUCAAGAAAGCCGAGAAGCUACUUCCGAUAGCGUUCAUUGAGUUCUAUCAGAAACUUGGACAUCUUAAGAACUAUAGCUUCUUGAACACGUCAGCUAUAUCCAAGAUCAUAAAGAAGUAUGAUAAGAUAGCAGCAAGAAAGGCUUCGAGACAGUACAUGGAGAUGGUGGACAACUCUUACCUCACUAGCUCCGACGAAGUUCAUAAGCUGAUGCUAAGAACUGAAUCUACUUUCAUUGAGCAUUUCUCCAAUUCAAACCGGAGCCAAGGGAAGAACCUCUUAAGAUCCAAAGCAAACAAAGAGCGUCAUCGGAUCACAUUCUCAACCGGCUUCUUCUUCGGUUGCUCUAUUUCUCUCAUUAUAGCUCUUGUUUUGAUCAUCCAUGCACGUAAUAUUAUGGGCACACCGGGACAAAUAACUUACAUGGAAACAAUGUUCCCUCUUUACAGGUUCUUCGGUUUUGUAGUUUUGCAUGUGAUUAUGUACGCUGCUAAUAUCUACUUCUGGAAGAUAUACCGUGUGAAUUACUCCUUCAUCUUUGGAUUCAAACAAGGCACUGAACUUGGUUACAGACAUGUUCUACUUCUAAGCUUUGGUCUUGGUACAUUUUCUUUGUGUGCUGCCUUAUUAAACCUUGACAUGGAAAUGGAUUCUCAAACAAAGGACUACAAAACAUUCAGUGAACUGAUUCCUCUCUUUCUCCUCGCCCUAGUGAUUGCCAUAACUCUUUGCCCCUUUAACAUUUUGUAUCGAUCAAGCCGAUUCUUCUUUCUCACGGCUCUGUUCCGCUGCAUCGCUGCACCAUUUUACACGGUGAAUCUUCCUGACUUUUUCUUAGCAGAUCAACUAACAAGCCAGGCUCAAGCGCUGAGGAGUCUAGAGUUCUACAUAUGCUACUAUGGAUUUGGAGAUUUCAGACAGAGAAGACGAAACACCUGCAGAUCAAAUGGUGUAUUAACAACAUUCUACUUCAUUGUAGCCGUUAUACCUUACUGGUUACGACUUCUUCAGUGCAUACGAAGAAUCAUCGAAGAGAAAGAUCGGAUGCAUGGAUACAAUGCCAUCAAGUAUCUCUUGACCAUCGUUGCUGCUUGUCUUAGAACAGCUUAUACUCUUAACAGAGGAGCCACUUGGAACAUCGCAGCUUGGGUUUUCUCAGGAGUUGCAACGCUUUACGCAACUUACUGGGACAUUGUUGUUGACUGGGGUUUGCUUCAAAUAGGAUGUAAGAACAGUUUCUUGAGAGACAAGCUUCUUGUUCCUCACAAGACCGUGUACUACGCUGCAAUGGUUCUGAAUGUUUUGUUGAGAUUAGUGUGGUUACAGACAGUUUUGGAUCUGAAGUUCUCUUUCUUACAUAGAGAAACUCUUGUGGCGCUUCUAGCUUGCUUAGAGAUCAUACGCAGAGGUAUCUGGAACUUCUUCAGGCUGGAGAAUGAGCACUUAAACAACGUUGGGAAGUUCAGGGCAUUCAAAACUGUUCCGUUGCCGUUCAACUACCAAGAAGAUAGAGAUCAAGACAAUUAG